CAAUGAUAUGUGUAUAUUAUAUAUUUACAAAUGAUGUAUAUAUAAAACGAGAACAAACACAACAUCCACAGAAUCCAAAUAUCAGAAACAUACGAGGCUUCGCGCAGGUAGAUAUCUAUAGAUUUCAUAUCAAGCGAAAGCAGUUGAGAGGUAUACUCAUCGUUGUAUAGUAAAGCCGCUGGGAGGCGAAACAAGGCUUAGGUGCAGCAAGAUGGGUGACUACUGCAGACGCUUGUUCAAAGCGUGGCGUGAGAAUGAUAAGUCGGAAGAAAAGGUCCAAACUGGCGAUCUAGACCAGGAUCGCUUCAGCUGGAAAACUCUCUUCAAAUUCGCCGGACCCGGCAUGUUGGUGUCAAUCGCCUACUUAGACCCCGGCAAUUUGCUCUCAGACAUUCAGUCUGGUGCGGCUUUCAACUACCGCUUGAUCUGGGUGCUGGUCACAGCCACCUUCUUGGGACUGCUCAUGCAGGUGUUGGCGGCGCGUCUGGGCACGGUGACAGGCCAGCACUUGGCGCUGCUAUGCCGAGCCGAAUACGGAAACCGCACCUUCACGACCAUCUGUCUGUGGAUAGUGACGGAGAUCGCUAUCAUUGCAUCAGAUAUACCAGAGGUUGUGGGCAGUGCCUUUGGACUGCUCCUGCUCUUUGAUAUCCCGCUGUGGGCGGGUGUGCUGAUGGUCAGCGCCAACACGUUCAUUCUUCUGGGUAUCCAGUACUUCGGGGUGCGUAAGCUGGAGGCUCUGAUCACCAUACUGGUGGGAGUGAUUGGCGUGUGCUUCCUGGUCGAAGCGUUCAUCACCCCAGUCAAGUGGGGUGUGCCAUCCUGUCCAACGGAUGACGAGUGGGAGGAGCUGGUGACCAACAACUGCACCACCAGUGAUAUUGACUACUGUCCUGAGAAUUUCUGUGGGGGUGUGGUGGGUGGUUUCGUUCCCCGCAUGAGUCCAGACACGAAGAUGCUGCUGCUGGCUACCUCGCUGAUUGGGGCAGUUGUUAUGCCCCACAACUUAUAUCUGCACUCUGCCUUGGUGCUGACCCGGCAUAUCGAUCGCACGAACCCCAUCCAUGUCAAAUGGGCCGAUAUCUACAACACCAUCGAGUGUGCGUUCAGUCUGACCAUCUCCUGCAUCAUCAACGUUGCCAUCAUCGUGGUGGCUGCAUCGGUGUUCUUCCCUUCGGAGAGCAACGGGUAUAAUGUAGUACAACACCUGGAUGAGAUUGGAUUCCUCGACGCCAGCGACCUGCUUGCCACCAUUGGAGGUUCUGCGAAGAUUCUGUUUGGCAUCGCGCUGUUAGCCUCAGGCCAGUCGUCGACCAUCACCGGGACGUAUGCCGGUCAGUUUGUUAUGGAGGGCUUCUUGGAUAUCAAGAUCGAACUGUGGUUGCGGAACCUCUUCACUAGGGCGGUCGCUAUUGUACCCUCCCUAGUGAUCUGCCUCAUCGCGGGGACGGAUGGCGCCAACACGCUGAUCAUUGUGUCGAGUGUCAUUCUGAGUUUCCAAUUGCCGUUUGCUCUGAUUCCGCUGCUGAAGUUCACCAGUUCGUCUACCACUAUGGGAAUACACAAGAACUCCAAGAUGAUGGUGAUCACGUGCACUGCCUUGACCGUUGUGGUGCUGACGGCAAACGGGUUCCUAGUGGCGAUGACCAUCUUUGAGUCACUCGUGGGGUGGGUGCGCAUUGUAGUGGGCGCGGUUGGCUUCAUGGUCAGCAUUCUCUACUUCUCCGCGCUCGGAUACCUCGCCUGGAGACCCGUUCACGCCGCUCUCACGUCCACCGGAUCAUACGAUACGCUGAUCGAUGAUGAGGUGAGUCGGGCAAGGAUGUCUGUUGACCUAUCUCCAUCCGUUGCGCACGAGGAGAUUCCACUUGACGAUCACUAUCCAUUUGAUGACGACGAGGAGGACGAUGACGAAGGCUCUCCUCUCGAUUUAAUGAGUGACUGAUCGGCAUAGUGCGUGUUGCUGGUCACACGCCCUCCGAUGCACAUGACAGCUUCGUGCGCAAGUCCAGCUGACUGAUAUACAUAAGCCGAAGUAGGUAUACAUAAGUCUGCGUAGUUAGUUAUACAUAAGCCUAUGUAGGUAUAUAUGGGCCAGAUUGCAUACACUUGUGACUGUGAGUCGCACUCGUAUGGGAUGAGAGGGCAGCCAGUCAUAUAUUUAGUUAGUCAGUCCGAAUUAGGCAUGAUGUAGGAUGUUUGAGUUGCAUCAAAUCAGCGAACAACUACUGUUUGCAAGGACAUUUGGCCCCAUUUGGAGACUAGGUCUUUAUCCUGUAUUGCUUAGAUAUCACUGAUUUACCCCGCUAAUGCCCAUGACACACCGCUAUAGAGAACGUAUAGAAGUAAGCAAGUAGGUGACAUGUGUGCGCACACACAUACGCAGGUCCCAUCUAGUUUUGCUCACUCUGCACAAACGAACGAUAUAUAUAUAUAUAUAUAUAUAUCUGAGUGUGUAUAUAUAUUUAAAUAUAUAUAUAUGGUUCCGCGCACUUAAAAGCUACUCGUGCAUGGGAAUUACUAACGCACUCGUGGCCAUAAACGACCAUUUGUGUCCGCCAUUGUGUCACCAGUGAAAGUUUUCUAUCUGUGAUGCAUGGCUGUUGUUUUGCAGCUACGGUGCACCAUACAUACAGCGAUACUUCGUUUGCUUUCGCUGGUGGAGUGGUGGACUCGGAUUUUAGGGGGGGAAGUGACGAGAUCAUAUUACGAUUGAAUAAUAACGUAGGUAAAAUUGAGGAUUGAGGAGAAUUUUAGUAGAAUCACAACAUGAUUAAUAAAUGCGAUUCCAAGCAUG